UUUUAUCAACUGCACUAUUUGGAUAUCGAGAGAAGUGGAAAACAGAAUAAAAACAUUUAUUAAUAAAAUUUAAUCGGAUUACUUUUCCAAGAAUUUCAACCACAAAUGUAUGUGCAUAUCGUACAUGGAAUUCAUCAGCUUUCAUAAAAUUUCAAGGUGCGAUUAGUUCAUGAUAUUUAAUCAUAGAUGGCAACGUGAUUGAGCGAAUUCGUCAGCAUUCGGCGCAUUCACGAGGACUUUUCGCAGACGAUAUUGAUAAAUCUUUCGUAAAAUGUUUCAGAAUAUUGCAUCUUGUAGAGCGAGCUUAAAGGGAGCUACGAGAUCGGUGCAAUCAACGAGAAACUUGAGAAAUGGCUCGAGAGAAUGUUUAUCAUUAUGUACACUUCAAUCAACAUCACAGGAAAUGCUCAAUAUGCAAAUGCAGUGGAUUCGAUUAUAUUCGAAUCCGGCACGACGGCCAAGCUUCUUCUCUCAGUUCAUCGAAAAUAUCAAACAGGAAAUGCAAAAGAACAAGGAAAUGAAGGAAUCUUUAAAGAAAUUUAGAGAGGAAGCUCAGAAAUUGGAACAAUCAGAAGCAUUGCGUACAGCGCGACAAAAAUUCCAUGCUGUUGAAUCUGAAGCUAACAAAGGUUCGGAAGCUAUUAAGGAAAAGCUAGAUACUUUUAAAGAGAAGGUACAAGAAGUUAUCGAGGAGGCAAGUAAAACUGAAUUGGGCAAACGCGCUGGCCAGUUAGGCGAAGAAAUUACGAAAUCUGCCAAAGGUGCAGCAGAGACGAUUUCUGAAAAAAGUCAAGCACUUGGUAAGACGGGUGCAUUUCAAACGAUAUCGCACACUGCAGAGGCCGUACGAAAUGAACUUGAUCAACAUGGAAUUCUAGGCAAAGUUUACAUGCCACCUAAAAAGCUACGAAAGAGGAACGAAGUGUCAAUAGAACCUAGAGAAAUUAUGCCUGAUCAGAAAUCGACCGGUGUAGAGAUACAUAAAGACUUUAUGUUUUCCAAUGCCUGGCAAAAAUUUAAGGAUACUAAUCCAUACGUGAAUAAGGUAAUGGACUGGAAGAUGAAAUACGACGAAUCAGAUAAUGCUGUAUUACGUGCUUCCAAAUUGCUUACGGAUAAAGUUUCGGAUGUUAUAGGCGGCUUGUUUCAAAAGACCGAAUUAUCAGAGACCCUGACAGAGAUCUGUAAAUUGGAUCCCAAUUUUAGUAAAAUUCAAUUCUUGAAGGACUGUGAAACCGAUUUUAUUCCGAAUAUUCUCGAAGCAAUGAUCAGAGGUGAUCUCGAGAUUCUGAAGGACUGGUGUCAUGAAGGUCCUUAUAAUAUUAUUGCACAGCCACAUAAAGAAAUAAAGAAACUAGGACAUUAUUCGGAUAGUAAAAUUUUAGACAUUGACAAUGUGGAUCUAAUGAUGGGCAAGAUGAUGGAACAGGGACCAGUUUUAAUAAUUAGUUUUCAAUCUCAACAAAUUAUGUGCAUAAGAAACUCGAAGAACGAGGUGGUCGAAGGAGAUCCACAGAAAGUGAUGCGCGUCAAUUAUAUCUGGGUAAUGUGUCGUGAUCCGACGGAACUCAAUCCCAAGGCCGCGUGGCGUUUGCUUGAUCUUAGUGCUACCAGUUCGGAACAGUUAGUAUAGUGCACGAGCAUGUAAAUUAUUCGAAAAAUUUACCACAAUCAAAGGAAUCGUAUAAUGUAUAUUGUUCUUGUACAUUGAUGCUAUUCGCAUUGAAAUGAGUAUCGAAUGCGGUAGCAAUUCCUUAACGAUCGCAUUAAGUGAUCACCGAUCUAGCUAAUCUACUUUGAGCACAACGUAUUUCUUAUAAAUCGGAAUGUUUAUUUAUAUGUACAAGAUUCAUGUGUACUAGCAACGCGACGUGUGUAAAUUUUAAUUUUGCGUAAUGCGCAUUUUGUAGAGUUUAUCGCUUUCAAAAUGAUAUAUUUGUAAAUGCACCGUGAAAUAACACGCAUCGUUCAAUACGAUCCGCGCGAUUGUGCUAAUUUUUUAUUAUUUAAAAAUAGUCCAUAAUAAUAAGAUAAUGAUUAUUUAUCAUAUGCGUAAUAGAACGAGUGUUUAGCGAUAAUAAUUAUUCGAUUGCGUUUUUACUGAUUAGCAUUACAUAUUUUACGUUAAAUGAAAUUUUCGCGUGCAUAGUCCCUUUCCUGUUUAUAUAUAAUGUUAAACGAUAAAAUAUAAAAAAAAUUUAUAUAUUCAUAAAUAUUAACUCUCACAUUAUAUUCAAAUGGAUCUUAUUUGUAAAUUGCUCUAUAGUCAUAUGUAAUAGAUAUUUAAAUCUUGUCCAUCACAUAAUUGGCGAACAUAAAUCAUGCCUUUAUUCUUUCUUGAUAAAGAUGAAAUUAUGUAUUUUAUUGAUAGAGAAAAUUACUAAAAUUUUAUCUUUUAAAUGCUAAAAUCAAUAAUGGAAAAGAACAAUUGCAGAAUAUGAGCCUUUCAGAAACCAUACUGAUUAACGUCAAAUUUUGGAAACUUCUUAAUUUUAAUAUCCGAAUACUAAUCACGUGUUUUGUAUAUUAAAAUGAGGAAUUUUACAAAAAGUGGAAUCGAUCAAUUUGGCAUUUGAGAAGUUCAUAUAUUAACUAAAGAUUCUGAGAGAUGAAAUUAUUUUUCUUUCUUAUUUUAUUUGAAAUAUAUAAAGCUUUGUAGUAGUAUAUGAAUGAAUGCAAUGGAAUAUAGAUAUAUCAAAUGUGAAAAUAUAUAUUCAGAUACUAAACAAGUUGUUAAUAAAACUUUUUGUAUAUGUGUACGUGUGUGUGUGUGUGUGUGUGUACACACAUUCAUACAUAUAUACAUUAUAUGUAUAUAUGUACAAGCUGAUAUCUACGAUUAUAAUGUACAGUGGUGAGAAAUUGUUAAAAGAACUGUUGAUCAUUUUUUUAAAAGCUAUAUUAUACAAGUUUACAAAGCUCAGAUCGGUUGGAAUUGAAAUCGAAUAAAAUGACACCCAAUGUGAACACAGCAA